GCCACGAGUGUAGUUGUUGUCGCAGGAGCUGCACCUGCAGCAGUGAAGCGCCGUACCGAACGCUAAACCGCUUUCAGCGCCAAGACAACGCGCGCGCCAUUCGAAAACUCCGUUAGCACCUAAAUAACCGUAAAUAGGUGGUGCGCCUACGGGUAGGUAUUGAUUUCAGGCGCGCACACGGUGCGCUUCCUUAAUGCAAGUGUGUGUGUGUGUGUUGGCGCGCGAAUAUAAAUGGCAUGGUAAGCGCCGUACCAGGCACCAGGCAGCGCAUUCAUGUUUGGCUUCUGACUGCUGACUUUUUCCACGGAAUUUCCUAGUUUGCCUGGUUAGCGGCGCGCAGUUUUGCCUGUGACGCGCCAGUUGUUGUUUGGCAACACUUGAGCAAAGCAUUCAUUUCCGGCAGAUUUAUUUGUUUCCUGCGAACGUUGUAAGCGCAGCAUAAGCCCUUCAGCCAGCCAUUCGUUCUCCACGAAAUUCGCAUCUCACAUCGUCACACACGGUUUGAAUUGAGGGUUUCCGCUGCAUUUAAUGUGCAAUAAUCCUUUAGUGUGGAAGUGUCAUAGAUUGAAGUGUUGCAGCAGCAGCUGCGUCCUAGUGUGCCGCAACGUGUAGUCCCUAGACUCUGUUUGCAUUUGUGUGUGUGUGUGUAUGUGAGCGCAGGUGGCAAAAUGACUACCAGUGAUGAAUUUUGCCGCGAUCAUUACGAGCAUCCAUUAUUGUGGUGCGACGACAAGAAACGUUUGGUGGAGCGUAAGAACGCGGAGGAGAGUAUGCGUAUGUGGCGGCGUCGCAAGGCUGAGGAAGUGGCGCGCAAAGAGAAGGACAAAGCUGAGUACUACGAAUUGUUUGUUAAGCAUUAUCCCUGGGGUCGUCCUGGUGGCGGCGCGCCUAAUUUGGAUAUCAGACGCAAGGACAUCACAGCUGUUGGCCUGCAUUCCACGCCUACAAUUAGCACUAUGCAUCGUUUAAACUGUUGGCAACCCUGUCGCUACAAUGACUACUUCUCGCAACGUAAAAAAUGCCAUGACCCCGCCACCUGCUAUCAUCAUCAUCUACAUCAUCACAUACCACCAUUACCGCCUGCACCGCCACCAGCACCGCACAUCACCACCCAUACACACACGGUGCAAACCACCAGCGAGACUUGUCAUCCCGGCGCCGGUGGCGUGCUGACCGUUUGCGAGCGUAGCGUUGGCGAUGUUGGCGUUGGCGCAAAAGUUGUUGGUGGUGCCACCAAGAGCAAUGUGACCGGCAGCAGCGGCGUUGGUGGCAUUGGUGUUGGUCUGGGCGCCACAAAAAACGGUGAGACCUUGCAUAUAACGCUCAAAGAUCACCCAUCUAUGUCGUUUCGCAAUAAAGGACAUCUCGACAUUGAGGUACGCUACAAGCCGGGUGCCGCCGCUGCGGGUGGUAAGGGUAAGCCAUUGCUAGAAAAGAUUGUGGUAUCGGAUAGCGACAAGUGUCCUUUGGCGCAAGGUGUACAGACGCAGUCUUUGUUAAAGGGUUCGCCACGCAAGAAGAAGCUCGUCGCGAAGCUGGAAAAGCCGCUGAGUAAAGAUCCUUGGGGUAAAGCAGGACCUGGCGGCAAACCGUGGCGCAGUCCGAAAGCGGCGGGUAGCACUUUUAUGAAAUCGUUGGGUUGGACGAACAAGGAAAUGCUGAAAGAUCUCGAUCAGGAUAAUCCCGUUACACCAGCUGAGAAGCCAACAUUCCGUAAAGUGCGCACCAACAAAAAGGUGCAACGAUGCUGUGAGCUCUGCAUUUGCACCUGCCCCGGCAUGGUUACCAAUAAGGGGUGUGGUGGUGGUGCUGUUGCCAUGCCAGCGUUGAAAAAACCACAUCAAAGCUCAUCUAACAAAGGCCAAAGCCAUGCUACUGCAAUAAAUCCACAAACUACAACAACAACUGCCGCUAUAAAACAAAAACACUGCCCACGCUUUGUACGCCAUUGUGAAGCGCCAACUUUGGGCACGAGCAACACGAACAAUACUGACCCGACCAGUGCCAAUACGGGUGGUGAGGGUGUGGAAUUGGUGCCGUUGUUGGCACGUCGACGCGCCAAUGCACGCCCCGUCAGCCUUUCCAGCACGGAUGUGACCAAGCGCACCGCCUCCAAAGAUAGACUUGCCACCGCACAAGACAUUCGCUAUCUGCACGACUUGAACACACAAAUGUCCGUGAAGCGGCAGACUACGUGCGCGGAGCAGCAAAACGAGCGCGAACUCUGCAGCAAACAUUUCGAAACCUUCGACACCUUCUGGGGGCGCCCAGGGCACGGCGCGCCCGUUGAGGUAACGGCAAAGCAGAAAUUGGACAAUUUGCUUUACGGCACCAGCAGCGAAUGCUGGAAUUGAGUAGCGACGCCUUAGCAUUGCCGGCAUGAAAAGCAAAUCUAGUGCAAUGACCGCUUUCGCGAUGACGCGCGGAAUGUGGAGGGGGGAUAGUCACAAGCAGAAGAGAGAGGCGAAAGAACACUGAAACACUUUAAAUUGAUUUUUGUUCGAAAGAUUUGGUUACUUAAGCAAAAGUUAUGCAAUUUCAAUCAGACUUUAUCUUGCAUAAGCAGAUACAUACAUACAUACAUAUGUACAGAAGUAUGUGUAUGUGUAUGCGUAUGCAUUAUUUUUUUUUUUUACCGAAACGAAAGCGAAAUGUCGUGGCGCGAGAAAUUUUGUCGAUUUGCCAGGUUGCAAGUUGCACAAAGUUGAAACGAAAAUGUGAAGACGAGCAGAAGAAUGGAAAUUUUUAGGUUAAGAAAAUUUUAUUUAACAAUUCAAUUGCUUAAAAUGUUAUUUGAAUUAUUGUUUUCACUCAAGAAUCGUUUUUUAUUUGUAAAUACUUGUUUCUACUACGCUGUAAUUUGUAGUUGUUGUAAAUUUCAAAGCUGGCUUUCGCUGCAUUAUGUAAGUCAAACGGUUGGAAUUUCUAGAGAAUUAGCUCAAAUAUUAUAUAAAUUAUUUCAAAUUUAAUUAAAUUAUUAGUAGAUAUUUUGAAAUUGUAUUUAUUGAUGCAUGCGCAUAGAUUAAAGGAAAAGUAUAUUUCAAAUAAAAUAAUAGUAUAACAAAAUCGAAUGUAAAUUGUAAAUAUACAUAUACUAAUUUAUCAAUAAAUAUCAAAUGUUAAAUUAAUUUUGA